UUGAUGUCCGGGCCACAGUUAGCCUCCCUCAUAUCAGUGCUACAUUCUUACUUAUGGAGAAUAUAAAAUCCACCCCGGACCCGCUGCCUCUGUUGUCCUGGUGAGUCUGUCUGAAUUGGGGACCAUGCUGAGGGUGUCUUCCUACCGAAAACUCUUUGAGCAGGAGAACUGGGGUCGGAAUGGGGGGCUGAGUGUGCAGUGUGCCGGGCAGUACCGGCUCCCCGUCAGAGGCGCAGUCACUGACGAGUGUUGCUGUGGCGACAAGUUAGACUUUGUUGCUGCCAAAGCUCUGAACAAAGAAGGUCUGAACCGGUUUGUUCAGGAGCGCAGCACCAUCGCUUUUCUGAAUGACCGCCUGGUUAGGCUCAUUGAAGUGGCCCACUGCUUUGAGGAACAGAAUGAAGCUCUUCAAUGUCAAAUCACUGAGCUGGAGGAGAAGCUGACCAGUCAAAAUGCCGACUCUAGCAUCAAAGUGAAGGAGCACGACUGCAGCCUAGAUGCUGUGGUGGAAAGACUGCGCGUGCAGAGGGAUGAGGUGUUGGGUGACACACAGAAACUGAAAAAAGAGCUUGAACAUCUGAAGGAAGAAUAUGAGUGGAUUGAGCAGCAGAAGAUGCUCAUCUGGCAGGAGCAAAAUGAUGUUGCCACGGAAGUAGAUGCUGUGACAGCAGAGUGUCUGGCACUGAAGGAGCAAGUAGCUAUCUAUGAAGACCAGCUGGCUGUCAUGGGAGCCCAGCACAAGGAGGAAGUGGAGAGUCUCCUGGAGCCAGAUGAAAGGACUCUGGCAGCGGCGGCUAUUACAUUUGGCAGCCCUGAUAUCGCUCCGGCCUUGAAUGUGAAGGAGUACCACUGCCAGUUGGCCAAGAGCCUUCAGUUUGAGCGUGGCACAUCCUCCGCUCUGGCUGUCAGACGUGAUGGAGAGAAACUGGAAGAGGGAAGAACUGCAGGGUCAAAAGUCAAAGACUUGCCAGAGGAUGCAAGUGAGCUGAAGACACUGAUUUCAGAGCUCCAGAAGGAGCUCUGUGACUUGGAGAAGGAUAAUGAAGAGCUGGAGGACGAGGUUGAGCUCAGGAGCUCUGCACACAUGGAGGAAGUAGCUGACCUGGAGUGCUCUAUAGUUGAAAUGAGGCAGCAGGAGGCCGACCUGGAAGUACAGAUGAGGGAGCAGUGUGAUGACUACAAGGAGCUGCUGAAUGAGAAGAUGGCCAGGGACAUGGAGAUUGCUGCCUACAGGAGUCUGGUGGAGGAAGAGGAGGGCAGGUUCUGCAGUCUGUGACCAGAGACUGAAGACAGCAUCUGCCUGCAUGCUUUCUGACACCUGAAAAAACAAACAAAAAAAAGGCCAAAAUCAGCACUUUGAUGAUGAAGCUCACAGCAAUGCAGCACUUUCUGUAGAUGCAAACUUAUCAUAGCAGGUUGAUGCCAUCUGGAGGCCCGAGAACCUGAUAAGAGGUCACUAACAGAAGACCUGGAAACUUCAAGAAAGAUGGAGCUGUCUAAGAAAAGAGGGAGGACGGGGUCAGGGCACUGAGUGUGUAUCCAUUCACUGUCUGGCAGAGAUAUUUCCUGAAGAGGAUUAUCUUGACUGGCGUGCAGAUUUAUACAUGUUUUGUGCCUCCUCUGUCCAGCAAGACUGGGACAAAAUCUCAAGCUGUGAAGUGUUCGGCUCCACAGUGGUGUCGCCUCGUCCGUCACUUAAGCUUUGUCUGAUUACCGGUUCUUAACCCGUGACCCCUUCACUGCUAUCAAACACACUAAUGGCCUGCCUCAGUAACUAAAAGCAUCUCACCUUCUUUUUGUUUUUACAGUCAUGUGUGCAUGUUGCUCUGACAGUCAAGUGUGCAGUGGCCUGUGUUUGCUUUUUAAAUGGUUCAUGAAGUUGUUUCACUGCAGUUCUCUCAAAAUGAGCAUCUGGACCUUUCUGCAAGAAAAGCCUGAGUGAUUCAUUAUUUCUGCUUUAGAGAACAACGUCUCUGUUUGCCGUACUUUCUGAAGUGAGCGUUUGGUAAUGCAUUCCUUUUACAUUUUGUCCAUAUUUUUAUAACAAUCUUAAAACUGGGUGUAAUAAAUCACUUUUUGGUCUUGCGGUUGCAGUGUUAAAAUAGUCACGUUUGAAUUAAAUAAAGUAAUUUGCUUGAAAAACUUUGGUUUUAUGAAAAUUGUUGGAAAGAAAUUGUCCUUGAGAGGAUUUAUGUUAAGGAUUCUGUUCACUUACAAGAUCUGAUCACAAUGACACAUUACAGAAUUCAAAAGCAUUGCUCUGUCUUGAAGAUGAAAUGUGCUGUUUAUAAUUGAUUUGACAGAAUCAGUGACACGUCUGAUGGGGACUUUGUCUUGGUGAUGAGCUCAGAGUCUUGUUAAAGGAGCAUAGUGACUUUAGUGACUUAUUGUCCUGAUAGAAAACAUGUCUGGGUCAAAGAAGCUGCCAUUUAGUUUCUUUCCAGAGACCAGAGGAGAGGUGCUGGAAACUGGGACUUCUUGUUUAAGAAAGACUUGAGAGGAUUUAGUAUUUUUCAAUUCUUGCUGAAAUAUAGUCAAAUAACUUUGGAUUCAAAUAAAAAUAAAACUUAUGGUAAAUUUCAUAAUAAGGCAUGAUUAGGGGCUUUAAAUAUCUUUUUUCCACAGCAGCUGGUUGGCUUCAUAAAAAUCUUUGCUCAGUCUUCUCAACGUUUAUUUAAAAGUCAAGAUGAUCUUUAAAAGGCUUUUUAAGGAUUGACAAAGAUUAAUGAAAUAUUAACUUUGAUGUUAGUUCUCUAUCCUAAAUGCAAUCUGACUGAUCAUGUUUUGACUUAAACUGUGCAACCUAUUUGUCACAAACUCAGUAAAAACCCAGGGCCAUGAGGAUAAAAUAAACAACUUUCCCCUCUUCACAAAGAUUAAAUAUAGAACAGUUUGAGAAAAAUUCCAGAAACCCCAAUCUAGUAAGUGGCAGCAUUUGUUGUGUAGAUUUGUAAAGACUUGUGUGUAGUUUCUGUGCUGUGAUUAAAAAUAUCUACACACUUCAAAGCAUUUUUUGGAAACUUCUCUUGUAUUCUAUUAUAAACUAUUCUUCACCUUUCAUUUAUAAUAUGAUUAAGCUCCUUUCACAACAGCAGUACUUAAAUAAAUAAAAAUUGACAGUUUG